AGAAAUAGUUUAUUAGUAUUAAAAAAAAAUGAAAUAAAAGUUUUAUCGUGAAGUGUUCCCAAAUAUCCCAUCUUAUUAAUUCCUCAUGCACGUGCAUCCCUUUAAAAGUCCGGGAUUUUACGGGCACGUUUUGAAUCAGACGAUUCCCAGACGUCUGCACGACCCGUUUAAAUCGAUAUUUGUUCAGUUUGUUAUACGAUGUAGUCGCGUAAACAAUGUGCAAGCCGGUUGGCGAAUUAUUUCAAUCAAACACUGUGUCCACGAACACCAAAUAAAUCUCUCCAUCCGAGCAAAGAAAGCAAUGGAGAAGCAAUGGAGACCUGCAAUUACAUACAAUUGGCAGACAAAUUGUCGAAAACAUCCGAAUCCCAAAACGUUUUCCCCCAUAUCUCAAUAGAGAUGAAAGCAGUGGUCGCCACAACUGCACCAGACAAUAAUGAAAAUGAUAACGGCAGACUACCUGAUAUUGUCGUUGGUGCGACAAUGUGCGAAGAGGACCAAAUCCAAGAGACUUAUUUUUCUAUCGCUAUACAAGUCUUUAUACCAUUCUUGGUCGCUGGUUUUGGCAUGGUUUUUGCUGGAUUGGUCCUAGAUAAGAUACAACACUGGCCAGUUUUCGAAGAAAUAUCGGAAUUGGUAAUAUUAAUUCCUCCACUAUUGGGUCUCAAGGGAAACCUAGAAAUGACGCUUGCUUCGCGACUCUCCACGCAAGCAAAUUUGGGCCAUAUGGACACAGGCAAACAAAAGAUCAGUAUUAUCGUCGGAAAUUUAAGUCUAAUUCAGUGUCAGGCGAUUGUGGUCGGAUUUCUGGGUGCCCUAGUUGCAGUAAUAAUGGGCGCUAUUAAGAGUAACGAGGUUGAAUUGGAUCACGCUUACAUUUUGUGCGCUAGUAGUCUAGUCACCGUAUCGAUCGCUAGUUUUGUACUUGGUUUGAUAACUGCUGGGGUCAUAGUGUUCAGCAGGCACUGUCACAUCAAUCCGGACAACGUAGCUACCCCUAUAGCCGCUAGUUUGGGCGAUAUCACCUCUCUCACUCUACUAUCUUGGGCAUCAACCAUUUUGUACGAUUCUAUAGGCACGGAAGAUUGGUUGGCACCUUUAAUAAUAGCUGGAUACAUCCUCGCAAUCCCGUUAUGGGUGUGGAUAGCGAAAAGGAACCCGUUAACCCGCGAUGUUCUCUUCAACGGUUGGACGCCAGUGGUGGGCGCUAUGCUAAUAAGUUCGAUGGGCGGAUUGAUUUUGGAUUUUAUGGUAAAUCGAUUUAAGGGAAUCGCGGUAUUCCAACCAGUCAUCAACGGAGUUGGAGGCAACCUGGUGGCGGUCCAGGCGAGUAGAAUAUCCACAGCGUUGCAUAAACAAGCAGAAUUGGGAGUAUUAACGACGGAUGAGGACGAGGACGAGACCGAAAUUUUUAUAACACCCGUCACUGGAUUUUGCGGAAGCGACGGGCAUGCGCGCACCACUAGAGUAUUAAUGACCAUGGUCAUACCGGGACAUCUCAUAUUUAUUUUCACCAUCGACUAUAUCAAAGACGGGGAGACUUUGCUGAGUUCCCUUUUCAUUUCAGUUUAUUUACUAGCAGCUGUCAUGCAGGUAGCCACUUUAUUAUACGUCGCGUAUAUAAUGAUACACUGGAUGUGGAAGAGGAAAAUCGAUCCAGAUAACUCAGCCAUUCCAUAUCUUACCUCCAUCGGUGAUCUACUUGGUAUUACUUUAUUAGCGAUCGCCUUCCAGUUUUUAUAUUUGGUAUUCGACCACGAUAUCGAGACUGCUGAUUAGACCUCUUAGUUGUUUUUUUUUUGUGAUAUGGAAGCUGCAAAUUGUUUCAUAAUUAGACGUUUCGAGCGAAUCACGUUACAAAUUCCAAUAAUUUAUUUUUAAUAAAAAAUUUCAUUCUUAAAACGACCUGAUUUGCUUUCACAGACCUACUCCUAGCAUAUCCUGCCUGUAUUUUGACGUAUUUUCUAUAUUUUCACUAAAGAAUGAAAUUGGUGACUUAAAAAAAUCCGUCAUUAUUAUUAGACAAUGCACUGGCUUUCACAAAAACCUCUGUUCUCUAAUAUUAGGUCUAAAUUGUGGAAAACUAUAAAUAACCACCUCUCACACUUAGAGAAAAAUCAGAUUUUUCCCGAAAAUCAGAAUGGAUUUAAGC